GCAACCAUUUCGCCUGAUACUUAAGUGUGAAGAGCCUGGAAAAAACCAAAGGACCCCUACGACGAGCCGGGAAUUUUCUGAUUAUUUUCCUCCGAGUCAAUGCUCGGUGAAAUCAGUUAGUCAGUGGCCGGACACCGUGCGGCUGACACAGCGUAUCCCCUGAUCCUGAGGUCAGGGGUCCCCGGAGCCCAAGGGCGUUUCCAAAGCUCUGCGAGGCGGAGGUGAGGCCCGGGCUGGUCCAGCUCGGCCACCGUUGUUAUGGCAACCGCCAAGAAAGGGGGACUUCAUGUCUUCGGGCUAAACCUAAAGUUUGCACAGCAGGGGCCAAUCGAAGGGCCCCGAGGUGGCCAGCACAGGCCCCUCAGCGACUUCCCAGGUCUCACUCUCCAGAAAAACCACCACAGGGUCAGCCGAACCAGCCGCCGCGCCCCACUCCCCAGGCCUUUCCGGCGGCUGCGCCCUUUAACCCCGGAAGUGGGCGGGAGAGGAAGAGGCUGGUGAUGUUGGAACAAACAUGGCUGCUCUGGCGCCCGUCGGCUCCUCCGGCUCCCGCCGUCCUCGGCUGGCCGCGGGCCUCCGGCUGCUCCCGAUGUUGGGGUUACUGCAGUUGCUGGCCGAGCCUGGCCUGGGCCGCGUCCAUCACCUGGCACUCAAGGACGAUGUGAGGCAUAAGGUUCAUCUGAACACCUUUGGAUUCUUCAAGCAUGGCUAUAUGGUGGUUAACGUCAGUAGCCUCUCAGUGAAUGAGCCUGAAGACAAGGGUGUGACUAUUGGAUUUAGCCUAGACCGUACAAAGAAUGAUGGCUUUUCGUCUUACCUGGAUGAAGAUGUAAAUUACUGUAUUUUAAAGAAAGAGUCUGUCUCGGUCACCCUUCUAAUCCUAGACAUCUCCAGAAGUGAGGUAACAAUAAAGUCUCCACCAGAAGCUGGUACGCAGUUACCAAAAAUCAUCUUCAGCAGGGAUGAGAAGGUCCUUGGUCAGAGCCAGGAGCCUAAUGUGAACCCUGUUUCAGCAGGCAGCCAGACCCAGAAGACACAAGACAGUGGAAAGCCUAAAAGAAGUACAGUGGAUUCAAAGGCCAUGGGAGAGAAAUCCUUUUCUGUUCAUAAUAAUGAUGGGGCAGUGUCAUUUCAGUUUUUCUUUAACAUCAGCACUGAUGACCAAGAAGGCCUUUACAGCCUUUAUUUUCAUAAAUGUCUCAGAAAUGAAUUGCCGAGUGACAAGUUUUCAUUCAGCCUUGAUAUUGACAUCACAGAGAAGAAUCCGGACAGCUACCUCUCAGCAGGAGAAAUUCCUCUCCCCAAAUUAUACAUCUCAAUGGCCUUUUUUUUCUUUCUUUCGGGGACCAUCUGGAUUCAUAUCCUUCGAAAACGACGGAAUGAUGUAUUUAAAAUCCACUGGCUGAUGGCGGCCCUUCCUUUCACCAAGUCUCUUUCCUUGGUGUUCCAUGCAAUUGACUACCACUACAUCUCCUCCCAGGGCUUCCCUAUUGAAGGCUGGGCUGUUGUGUACUACAUCACUCACCUUUUGAAAGGGGCACUACUCUUCAUCACCAUUGCUCUCAUUGGCACUGGCUGGGCCUUCAUCAAGCACAUCCUUUCCGAUAAAGACAAAAAGAUCUUCAUGAUUGUCAUCCCACUCCAGGUCCUGGCAAACGUAGCCUACAUCAUCAUAGAGUCCACCGAGGAGGGCACGACUGAAUAUGGCUUAUGGAAGGACUCUCUGUUUCUGGUUGACCUGCUGUGUUGUGGUGCCAUCCUCUUCCCAGUGGUGUGGUCAAUCAGACAUUUACAAGAAGCAUCAGCAACAGAUGGAAAGGCUGCUAUUAACUUAGCAAAGCUGAAACUUUUCAGACAUUAUUACGUCUUGAUUGUGUGUUAUAUAUACUUCACCAGGAUCAUUGCCUUUCUCCUCAAGCUUGCUGUUCCAUUCCAGUGGAAGUGGCUCUACCAGCUCCUGGAUGAAACGGCCACACUGGUCUUCUUUGUUCUAACGGGGUAUAAAUUCCGUCCAGCUUCAGAUAACCCCUACCUACAACUUUCUCAGGAAGAAGAUGACUUGGAAAUGGAGUCUGUCGUGACGACAUCUGGGGUGAUGGAAAAUAUGAAGAAAGUAAAGAAGGUGACCAACGGCUCUGUGGAGCCCCAGGGCGAGUGGGAAGGCACCGUGUGACAGAGCCAACCUCGAGGAUGGCACUGUCCAAGGAAACUUUUAUUCACAGUCCUGUUGGAGAGCGAGAGCAGCUCCUACAGUGAACUAUUGGCACCUCCGACAGUGACACCAGGGCACGUGGCUGGGAGCACAGUGCCGCGGAAACCUGACUCUGUACUCUUCUUUUAUGGAAACUGGAUCUGUGGCUGGUUAGAGGCAGCUGGAGUCCUCCUUCAGGUGGGAGUGGGAGGAGGGGCACAGAGAGGGGGAGAGGAAGAGAAAAGGAAUUACUCAUUUUAAAUUUAGGUUUCUUUUUUUCUUCUUCAUUUGGGAGCUCUAAGGUGUAUGCAGUUGUGAACCCAGGUGUGGGGCAGUGGUGAGGACGGCAGGUCGAGGGGGAAGGAAGGUGUGAGGUGUCUGUCUGAUGCUUUAGGAAAUAUCUAUAAGGACACCGGAACUUAGGAAGGAGGAAGGGGAGGGUGCCAUCGCCUCUUCAGGAGACAAACAUGAAUGAAAACAGGUGAUUUUAGAAAGCAGAGUCAAAACCCAGCUUCGGAUGUAGCACCUGCCCCAGGAUUCCUGCCCUGACAUUGCCCAGACCCUGAGAGUGACUGGGACGGCCGCUCCUGAGGCCCAGUGGCCUUCUUUCCAACAGGAAUAGGAGGCUAUGAUGUCACUGUCAGGUCAUGCCUGUGGCACAGUCCAGGUGGUGGGAGGGGGUUGAGAUGUUGCCUGAUGGAUGGAAAGAAACAUUUUUAAGCUCAAAAAGCAUUAGCCUCUGGAGUUCCCUGGACAUCCACUCCCUAACUGCCCAGAGCACCCCGUCUCGUUUCCCUUCAUGCCUGUGGCUCUGUUUUGUGUGAUCAGAAUUUGGGAGGAAAUGGAAAGGAGUUUUCCUUAAGGAGUAGCUGGGGCAGAAUAGGUCGUAUUUAAGCCGAUACUUAAGUCCAAGCAAAUCAUCCCCAUUAAAAAGCUUCUUGUGUAGGCUAGUAGGAUUUCUAAAUAGAUGAAUGCAACAGAUUUGGUCCCCAUAGUCCAAGAGUAUGUAUUUGAAGAAAGGGAGCACGAUUCAACAGUUUCACUCAGGGAUUUGGGGAUGGUGAACUAUUUCACAGAAACGCAGUGAAGUUCCUUUCCACAUUUUCAGAGCCUGGGAAUGAACGCAGAGCUGCCUAAAGUGAGCAGUAUUGCAGUUUAGAGAGAAAAGCAUUUGAAUAUUGGGACAAGCUCAGAAGGUCCUUUGUGACUAAGGGCUUAAAAGGAGACCAAAACAUGGCCCCAUCGCGGAUGCUUCUUACUGCCUGGGGGCCGGCUAGGUAGGGUUGUUUCCAGAAGCUGGAGCCCACCGCUGCCUCGGCUUGUCAGAGAGCCACACUGUAGGGGGAACUGGGACCUAUCGGGUUGAUAAUCGUGGUCUCUGGGAGUUGUUUUCUCACCUCUGGCUUAAAAGGGUCAGUGAGAAACCACAGGGUAUGAGGUGGCACUUAGGUCACAGGUUUGGGAACCUGAAAAAGUCUCCAUUUCAGAAAACGGUUGUUUUCCCUCUCCCGUGCCAUUUUCUCUUCCUGAAUGACUAGCGAGGAAGUGGGUGUUCUUUUUCUGCACUUUGGUUCUCCAUCUGGGUGCUCUGGAGGUGCGGGGCUGCCUUCUGAGGUAGGUGCUCCUGGAGGCUGCUGUGGACGAAUAGCACGCCCCUCCCCAGGCCACGGGUGCCCACCUGUCAGCAGGUAUUUGAGGGAGGCAUCCGUGUCUUCCCAACUUCAGGAGAAGAGUAAACGUGCCCUAAGUGUUCACUUCUGGACCCUUUUAAAGUUAACUCGGGACUGGAUUGUGUGACAGAGGGAGUUGGAGGAUGGGAAUCUUUUUAACACUUGGUUUUCCUGCGCAGAAACACAAUACCAGUUUUUACAGAAAUAUGUUGCAAUCUGUGCCUGCCAAAGCCCUCCUCAGUCCUUCCCUCAGAGGGACACGUUUGCUAUUUCUCCCACAAGCAGAAGUUGUUGAUGAGGUGAUAGACUCCUUGGCAAGAACGAAAGGUGUGAUGAAACCUCCCUGCUCGGAAGGGUCUCCGUGGAGGUGUCCUUAUUUCACAUGCUGGGUUUUGCCAGCAAGGAAGCCAGGGAGUGGAGGAGCCAGAGGGAGCCAGGAGUGUGUGUGGACAAGCGCUGGAGCCUCAGCCAUCAGACUGGCACGGGAAUGCCAGCAUUGGGUGUUCAGAUUCCACGCGUAUGUCUGGGCUCGCUCACAGCAUGGCGAGUGUCUGCAGUGCUAGUCCUGACCCUUCCGGAACAGCAGUGGACAGAUGAGGUAAGACUGUGUUUCAGAAACAAAGAUGGCCACAGCCUUCCUGACAAGCAGGUCACCUGGCUGUGUCUGUAUUAUAACUGGUAAAAGGCUUCCAGUCAGAUUGAUGAUCAAGCAAAGUCAAAACCCCAGGCCAGGACUGGUGAAGCAGGUGGUGGUUCCAAGCUUUUAAAGAAUUAUUUAAGCUCUCCAUCCUGUUCUGUGAAUGUAUCUUCCCUUUCUCCUUCACGUCAUAGCUGUGGCCCACCGUUCAUCUCUGUUGUUGCGUGAAGAUGACGGAUGAGUCCAAAGCCAAGUGGCUUCACCAGCUGACAAGCCACCCUCCUGCAGCCUGAGCUUCACGGUCUGCUGGCUUCAUUGCAAUGCGGUGUUUGAAUGGUUAAGGCCUUCAGUAUUUCAAGGAUUGGGCAAAAAAUGUCGGAUGCACAGAGCAGAGCCGUUGGUGGUAUUUAUAGCUUUGCUUUGUACUCCUCCUCACUGUUUCUGCCUACGCCAAAUAUCCACGUUUCCUUUGAGAAAUCUGUGUGGACUGAAAGCGCUGCUGGCUGUGAAAUUUAAUAAAGUGUGUAUGUUUUGCUAGAAAAUUAUUUCUUGGACAAUAAGAACAGUCACUGAUCUCUUAAUCCUGGCUCUUAACAGUGGCCAAGGACUCCAUCGGCCCAUUUCUUGGUCCCUCGGUGCUUUGAAAUUUAAGUGGCAGUGCAUUUCAUAAUGUUGAAUGUGACUCUGGUGAAUGGCAGGAGGCCCUUGUGAGGAGGUGCUUGCUUCAGUGUGAAAGUUCCUCCUGGCCUGAGUCCGUCUAGUUUUCUUUCAAGAAACCACUUUAGAGUAAAACAUCCAGGGCUUCCCCGCCCUGAACAUGUCCCGCCUGCCAAGGCAGCACACAGCCGCCUAAGUCCCCUUCACAUGGCUGUUAGGGUGAGAGCGCCUCCUGCAGGAUGACCUCAUCCAGCUCUGCACUCUCGUUCCACACCCUCCCUCCUUCUUCCCCCCCACUCCUCCUGCUGCUCCUGCUUCUCCUCUAUGAUCCCUCCUCCUCCACCAUCCCUCCUCUGCCCUCUUUCUCCCUGUGCCUAUCGAUCCCACAUAGGCUCGUUCUGGGCACGCAAGUGAAAGGCUUUGGUGCAUUGCGGCGCUUUCUCCCAGUGGCUGUGUGAGAGAUGCAUUUUCUAAGCCAAGGAGAAUUUUCUCAAGGGAGUGCAUACUCAUGCCAUGCAUUAUUGCUUUGGGCCAUAUAGGAUGGCCUUCCUCCACAGUAAAGCGGGCGUCCUGUUUUGAUACUUACAAGAGUCUACUCCAGGCAGCCAGUCCGUGCAGACCGAGGAGGAGCAGAAACGAUGCCUGUUGGAAUUGCAGGUGGCAUUCUGCCUUCUCCCCCAUCCUGAAGCAUUUUCUUCGAGGAAGGCUCUUAGAACAUUAGACAGUCUGCUGAGGUUGUUGGCCCAGCUCCAUACACCCAGUAAAACAGCGGAACAGUUCAUGCUUUAUGCUGCCAAGCUGCUGGAUUUCAAAGGAAGCAGAUCCUAGCCCACUCCUCCACCCCUGCUUCCACGCGCCAUACUCACCCCUCUGCUUUUCUCCGACCCACCCCUGGCCUUGUGAGACUGACCGUAAGCCAAGUCCAGGAUGCCUGUGGCCUGUGGAUUUAUUCUGCCCUUUAGGAUUCAGCAAGUUAAUGGCUCCCCCGCUGCAGAAGUUAGACUUUGACUUGAUACCUCUUGGUGUAUCAAAAAGGUAUUCAUCUGGAACUUACUAAAUGUUCUGAAAGACCCGCAUUUCACUCCAGUUCUCCCCAGGGUGUUUCUGGCAGGGCGUCUUUAAAAGGCAUCUACCUGAGCUGACGCUAGUACUUGUCACCACCUGGAAUGUAGUUAUUGGUCGGCAGGCUGAACAUACUCCAGAUUCCCCCGAGGCCGCUUCUGCAGCCCGGCAAUGCAUCUGCACCUCUCUUCAUGGUUUACGCUUGAAAAAUAGAUAAUGCUUUUAGAUGGCUCACUGCCGGGACGGGGCCCCGCACAUCUCAGGCACCGUGUAAAGGAGUGCGCUGAGAUGGCGGGGGGGUGAGUGGGCAGGGCUUGGCCCAGCCGCUUCAGGGACCUGCUGGUGUUCUGGCUGCAGGGGAUCUGCAGGUCGGCCAUGUGGGACGGCGUCCUGGCCAGAGUCAGAAAGGUCAGAAUGAAACGGAACAGCUAACUCACGCACAGGACAGCUUAUUGUGAGGCAGGGUUUUAGAUUUGGGAGGGGGCAGCCAAAGGAGAUGGGGAACCUCCAGAAGGUCAGCCUUUGGAGCAUGUAAGAUACUGUUACAGGGUCCAGAAAUCAUGUCCACACAGGGGGCUUUGACUCUUCCGACAGCUUUUGCAGAUCGUACAUUGCGUUUGCCUAGUCAUGUGACCUCAGAGAAGUCAGACACAUUUAAUCCAGAAAUAGUUUGGUGUGAGGGAGGGCUCGCAGGUCUGUACAUAGCAUUUGCUUUCCUGGCUAGAGGUUGGGACGCAGAAGCAGUUUCAGUAUUUUUUUUUUUUUAACAUUAAUGAUCACUGAGUAUUUAUGUAAACAUAUAAUGUAUAACGGGUGGGGGAUCUGAUCAGGGUGUUGUACAGGGUGAAUUCUCUUGCCGUGUUGCAAAUGUGUAAAAUAAAGAUUACCUGGCAGAA